GAGAUCGUCCCAUUCCUUGCCAAUUUCGUUGAAUGAGAUGCAACAGAGUAAUAUACUUGAGAAGCGAUUGGCCCUCUGCUCAGACCAACACUCAUAUCACUCUCCUAAUCUUGCAGACCGUGAAGACUUACUGGCAGAAGAUGGCACCCUGCCAUCGCAGCCUCAGCCGAGAUUUUUCGGCCAUUGAAGUCAACAUAAAUCAGGAACAGUUUCCAUUUCCUGCUUUGUGGCCCCUGAUGCCUCUUUGUUGGUGGUUCACCGCUUCUUUCUAUGCAUGAUUACUACGCGUCGUUCCUUAACAAGGAAAAGUGAAGUCCCAAUCAGCUCGCCGUUCGUUUCGACUUGUCACUAUCCGUCUCCUACCCUACCACACCUCAUGGACGAUCCAACUCCCGCCAACAACACGGAAAUUGCUGCUUUGGGUAAUGGGAGGGAUAUGGAGAAAGUGGAGAAAUCCUCCCCGUCUCGUUCCUCAUCCCCUCAGCAAGCUUUGACUGUAGAAGAUGAGCCGCAACGAAAAAUAACCGGUGUCCGCUGGGCAGCUUUUGUUAUCAGCACCUUGACGGCUAUCUUCGUCUACUCGUUGGACAAUACUAUCGUUGCCAACAUCAUUCCGGUCGUUGUUAACGAUCUCAACGGAGUUGACAAGCUACCAUGGCUGUCCGUCGGAUUCAUGAUCGGGGGGAUGGCAACUAUCCUCCCAUUCGGAAGACUUUACACAAUGUAUGAUUCCAAAUGGGUUUACAUCAUAUCUUUUGUCUUCUUCCUUGCCGGAUCGGCACUUUGCGGCGCAGCACCAAACAUUGAUGCUGAAAUCAUUGGUCGUGUCAUGGCCGGUGCCGGUGGGAACGGGAUGUAUGUCGGUCUUCAGGUGCUCAUGUCUAUGCAUACUACGGAUAAGGAGCGUCCCACAUACCUUAGCUACGUCGGAGGCACCUGGGGCGUAGGAACCGUUUGUGGUCCAGCUGUCGGAGGCGCCUUCUCGUUGUACAACUGGCGAUGGGGGUUCUACAUCAAUCUCCUUUUCGGGGCUAUCCUUCUGCCUACCUAUCUCUUCGUCAUCCCGUCGGCUAACCCGUUGCCGAACAAAAAGCAGUCUGAAAAGCUCGCUCUCAUGGACUGGGUUGGCGUCAUCAUCAGCAUUGGCGCCAUGGCAACCAUCGUCAUGGCUAUCAAUCUAGGCGGAGUGCAAUUCCCCUGGAACAGUGGCUCGAUCGUCGCAUUAUUCGUCGUCAGUGGUGUUCUUUGGAUCGCAUUCGCUCUCCAGCAGUCGUUUUGUCUCUUCACGACGGAGCAUAAACGUCUGUUUCCUGUGCCCAUGCUGAAGCAGAAGAUGCCGGUAUUGCUUUUAAUUGCGUGCGCUGGCGGCUCUGCGGCUUGCUACAUGUCUACAUACUGGAUUCCCAUCUACUUCCAGUUUUCCAAGGGAGACUCAGCAAUCUAUACGGCUCUUCGACUGCUGCCAUUCAUUCUCGCGCUUAUCACGAUAAUGCCCGUGAGUGGACACCUGAUAAGCAGAUGGGGUUGGUAUAAACCUUGGUUCGUGGGAGGAAGUGCUUUGACUCUUAUCACAGCUGCACUCAUGGCCCACUAUAUCAAUGGCGGCACACCGGUUGGUGCCUUUUAUGUCAUCGAGCUGUUCUUGGCCUUUGGAAUUGGCGCCUAUGCACAAAAUGCAUUUGCCGUCGUUCAGUCAGUUGUGGCCCCCAAAGACGCACCCUAUGGGCUCGCCCUCAUGCUCGUUGGGCAACUGACGGGAAUCACGUUUGGUCUCUCCAUCAGUGGUGCCGUAUUCAUCAACACAGCAACAAGCGGACUUCAUGAUGCGCUACCACAGAUUCCCGUCGAGGAGUUGUCGCAUGUCGUUGCUGGAGCUAGCAACCAGGUCUUUGAGUCAUUGUCACUCGAGCAACGAUCACGCGCCCUCGAGAUUAUUGUCCAGUCCUGGAAUAAGACUUUCAUCUGUGUUUACGUCGCUGCUGCAGCCAGUUUAAUUUCGUCGGUUUUCUUCAAGAACACCAAAGCCAAUGUCAACACCGCCGCUGUGGUUCUAUGAGCGGGUGUGGGAGAAGAACGUGAUCAUUGGGCCAGACCAGAAGUCAGUCCUGGGCUUCAAGUUGAAUCUGUCGAGGAUUGUGGUCAGAAAAGAAGGUGCACAGAUGGGUUGUUCCGUAUUGCCACCAGGACACUGUUGUGUGGGAUGAUUUUACAGUGCUACAGGAAAAGCAAUUUGUGUUAGACACUUAGACUGCUUAAUAGAAUUAUCGUCCUUGGACCCCCUGAGCCCCUGAGCCCCUG